GUCCAUCCCGAAAGGCGCGGCGUCCUUUGACGUGCACGCCACGCCGGCGGUGACGGUGCACAUGAUCCACAGCCCCACCACAAAGCCCACCCUGGACUCCCGGUGGCCCCUGGAUCCCGACAUCGAGGUGGCGGUGACCAUCGAUGUCACCAGCAGGACCGUCGAUGACAACCAGGUCAGCAUCAAGCAGGGCUCGGACUCCAACGAGGCCUUCCUGGAGGGGCUGCGGGCGCUGCUGCGGAAAGCCAACUGCAAGCUGACCGUGUGCGCGGAGCAGGACACGCGCAGCGACCGCUGGAUCCAGGGCGGCAGCAGCGGCGGCAGCAGCGAGGAGGAGGCGCCCCGGGAGCGGCGGCCGCGGGACGGCAGCCCCGGGGCCCGCAGGCCCGGCAGGCCCGGCGCGGCGGCGGCGGCGCCCGGGGGCCCCCGCGGGCAGAGCGUGGUGAUCUGCGAGCCCGAGCACAGCAAGGAGCGCAUCAAGCUCGAGGGCUCCAAGAGCCGGGGGCAGCUCCUGAUCUUCGGUGCCACCAACUGGGACCUGAUCGGCCGCAAGGAGGUGCCCAAGCAGCAGGCGGCGUACCGGAACCUGGGCCAGAACCUGUGGGGGCCGCACCGCUACGGCAGCCUGGGGGCGCUGCGCGUGCGCUCGGUGGUGUCGGGGCCCUGCGCCGCGCACAGCCUGCUCAUCACCGCCGAGGGCCGCCUCUGGAGCUGGGGGCGGAACGAGAAGGGGCAGCUGGGCCACGGCGACACGAAGCGCGUGGAGGCGCCGCGGCCGAUCGAGGCCCUGGGCGGAGAGGCCAUCGUGGCGGCCGCCUGCGGCCGGAACCACACCCUGGCACUGACCGGUGCGGGGGCCGUUUUCCCAUUUUCCCGCUUUUUCUGGUCUCCUUUUCCCGGAUUUCCUGACCCCAUUCCCGGUUUUUCCCAGAUCCUGUACAAUGGGCAGCCGAUCUCCAAGCUGGGCUGCGGGGCCGAGUUCAGCAUGGUCAUGGACUGCAAGGGGAACCUGUAUUCCUUCGGGUGUCCCGAGUACGGCCAGCUGGGACACAAUUCCGACGGGAAGUUCAUCGCGCGGGCGCAGCGCAUCGAGUACGACUGCGAGCUGCUGCCGCGGCGCGUGGCGCUCUUCGUGGAGCGCACCAAGGACGGGCAGGUGCUGCCCGUGCCCAACGUCGUGGUCAGGGACGUGGCCUGCGGGGCCAACCACACGUCCGUCAUCGUGGCGGCCGACGAGAGCACCAUCAGCUGGGGGCCCUCGCCCACCUUCGGGGAGCUGGGAUAUGGGGACCACAAACCCAAAUCCCAAAAUGACCAAUCCCAUGGGAUCCCCGAACUUCCGUGGCUGCCGGCUCGGGAUCACUCUGGGAAUCUGAUCCCGGCUUGGGAUCCCCCUUAG